AUGGAAUCUGAUAAUCAACUUUAGAAUAAAUUUGUAAAAGAAUAGAAAUUAUUUUGCCAAUGCGGUUCAAUGAUGGAUAUCUAGACAAAUUUGGAAAAAUAAUAAUUCAACAAAAAAAAAUUAUCUCUAUAAGAAUUCAUAGAUUAAUAUUGUCAAUUUUAAGUUGAUAAAAAUUAAAAAAAUAAAAUAAUAAAAAAGAAAUUUUCUGAAAUAUAAGGAUAAGUAUAAUUCUAAUUCGAGGAAUUAAAAAAAGAAUUAAAAAAGAAAAAGAUUAUUAUUGAUGAAUAUAUUUUCAGUGUUUAUACAUUUUUAUUUUAGAAUUAAUUUAAUUUAUAAUAUCAUUGGAGAUGUAUAAAUAGAUGUCCUUAGAAUAAAUUUAUAUUACCAUAAAAUUUAUUUACAAUAGAAUUUAAUUAGGAUGAAAAUGGAUUAAAUAUUAAUGAUUCUAUAACUAUAGAUAAUAGAUUUUAUAAUGAUAUGAUAUUUUGUCCCGAAGAAUAGAAAGUAACAUAGAUGAGAUUAAUAACUUCAUAAAAAGAAACUCAUAUUAUAAAUUAUUUAUGUGAUUCUUGCGGAGGUUUAUUUUAACCAGAUUCAUUUGGAAAUAAGAAAAAAUAAAAAUAAAAAUAAAAAUAAAAAUAAAAAUAAAAACAACUCAAAAUAAAUCAAAUAUAAAAUCUUUAAUCGCAUCAAAUAAUCCUUCAAUUAUUUGAAUUGCAACUCUACCUAAAUUCUUAACAAAAACUCUAACCGAUUUCAACAAAGAAUUUAUACCUUUGUUCGCAACACAAUCUGAAACACCUAUCAUAAAUUAAACAAUCUCACUUAUUAUUUAUUAUAUUAAUUUAGCAAUUCCUUACGGAAUAGAUUUGA